UAUUGAAAUAAAGAUAAAAAGCAAAACCCUAUAAAACUCGAUAACUCAAAAUUUAGACACCGUGAUAGCGUCGUUGCAGUGGCGCGCCCAAUGGCUCUGGCAAUCUCAAACACACUGAACUGCCCUAAACUCACUUUCUCACAAAGGAAUUUCCGUCCCACAGUUUCAACCUCUCUCAGGUUUCCCCGUACAGCUGCAUGGAGUGAUAGAAAAAUUAUCUGUGCUGCUGCAUCUGCUGCCGGAAGCUCUAAUUCUGACGGUGACUUAAAUCCUUACGAGGUCCUAGGUGUAAGCCCUAUUGAGAAAUUUGAUUCGAUCAAGGCAACAUAUACUAAAAAGAGGAAGGAGGCUGAGAUGAAUGGUGAUGAAGCAACUGCUUCCAGACUGGAGAAGGCAUAUGACGAAGUCAUGAUGGCUCAAUUGACUAAUCGGAAAAAGGGUGUGACUUUUGGAUCAUUUAAGGUUUCAAAGGAAAUCAAGUAUGCUGACAAGCAGCCAAUUAUACCUUGGGGGCCAAGGUUUACUAAAUCAAGUAAAAAUGAUAUACGCAUCAACUUGGCAAUAUCAGCUGUUUUUACAGCAUGGAUCAUUGUCAAGCGCAGUGCUGAAUAUAAACCUUUGCAGUUUUUAGCCUUCGCCUUUGUUUAUAGGCUUUUUGAGAAGUUAAAAUCAUUUGAAUCUCCUGCAACCCCCAUGUAUAAUGAAGAGGGUGAAGAUACAGGAGAAGGACUGCGCAUGGGAAAACGACUGAUUCGAUCACUGGCCUUGGUUUUUGGAUGUGUUGCUUUUUCAUCUUUGGCAUACACUUUCAUUUUGAACAUAAUUGAGUUUGCAGGUGGCUUUAUCCCUGCUCUUUUGUACAACAGUCAGGAGUUGAUAAUCACCACUUUAUCGGCAGUCAUGCUUUAUAUUAUGGCAUCUUAUUAUAGAUAGUGGAGCGUGUCUUGAAGACGAAGAAACCAAGCAUCUAGUGACUAGUCCUCAUCGGAAUACUGCGUUCUUUUUCUUUCCUUUUCUUUCUUUCUAGUUUUUCCUCGUUUUUGUUUCUAUUGUGAACUCAAAACUGUUUCACUCACAAUUUUGACUAUUGACAUCAUAGUGGUACAGUACUGCAUUCUUGC